GAUAUUUUGAGGUAGUAAACGAAACAGAUGAAGAAAAUGAGGAUGAAGAAGAUAAUGAAGAGGAUGAAGAAAAUGAAGGGGAGAAUGAUAACAAUGACAAACAUGAUAAUAAGAAUGAAGAAAAUGAGAGCGUAGGAGAUAGAGAAGGAGAUGAAAAUGACAAUGGUGAUAAUGAGAGUAAUGAAGAAGAAGAAAAUGAAAAGAGUGAAGAUAGAGAAGAUAGUGAUAAUCAAAAUGACGAUAGUAAUGGUGAGAAUAAUGAGGACGAAAAUGAAGAUGAAGAUAGGGAUGGUGAUGAAA